UUAAAGCGUGGAUCUGACCCGCGCCGGCCGCGCGGGCUGCAGACACGCGCAUGCAGGUGAGACGCGCUUCUGCAGGAGAGACAGAUUCAAAGGAGGUUCGGGAGGAAAACCCAAAAUUGGUUCCGACAGAGUGACUCCAGGUGACCAGAGCAGAUUUUGAAGGUCUUCACACACCUUUGUCUGUUGGUUAGAACAGCAGCAAGCCAACAGGAAUUGAAAAGAACAAAGAAAAAGAAUAGAACAAAAGGAUGGUGUUGAAGUUUUUGUUUUUUUGUUUUUAAAGUAUUCCGCUUAACAUCUGGCUUCAAGUAAGAAUCAACAUUCUAAAUGAAGAAAAAGAAACAUGGCAGCGUUUUGGAAUCACGGCUCCCAUCCCUUAACUCUGAAGACUUGCCUUUGAUCUCCACUGAUUAACACACCAGCAGCGUUCUGCAGUCAUGACGGACAACGUGAGCUCCAGGAUGGAUACGCCCACCAACAUCUCUCUGAGCUCCAGCAUCCCCAUCUCUGAUUCUCUGGAGUACAAGACCGUGUCGGUGUUCUUGGUCUUACUGGUGUGUGGAGUGGGGAUCAUUGGCAACGUCAUGGUGGUUCUUGUGGUCUUCACCACCCGGCACAUGAGGACGCCCACCAACUGUUAUCUGGUGAGCCUGGCAAUAGCCGACCUGACAGUGCUGGUGGCGGCGGGGCUGCCAAAUGUGUCUGACAGUCUGACCGGAACAUGGAUUUUUGGACAAGCUGGGUGCCUGGGAAUCACCUACCUUCAGUAUUUAGGAAUCAACGUGUCGUCCUGUUCCAUCACUGCGUUCACUGUGGAAAGGUACAUUGCUAUCUGCCAUCCCAUGAAGGCUCAGACCGUGUGCACGGUGUCCAGAGCAAAGCGGAUCAUAGCGGGAGUUUGGAUCUUCACCUGCGUCUACUGCAUGCUGUGGCUCUUUCUCGUGGACAUUCAGGUAGGCCCAGAUGGACACGUCCAGUGUGGCUACAGAGUGAAGCGGGAACUCUACCUGCCCAUCUACCUCAUUGACUUCGCCAUCUUCUAUGUCAUCCCGUUGCUCCUUGCCAUUGUGUUGUACGCACUGAUUGCCCGAAUCCUCUACCUCAGCCCUCUGCCUCACCAGCCCGACACCAGCGCCACCACACUGCGCAGGAGCUGUCGGGACACCUCAGAGGCGGCGAGACCGGGUCGCCAGGGUCGGCCAAAGAGCGCGCUCUCCUCCAGGAAACAGGUGACGAAGAUGCUCGCUGUGGUGGUGAUCCUCUUCGCUCUGCUCUGGAUGCCCUAUAGGACUUUAGUUUUGAUCAACUCUUUUGUGUCCACUCCCUAUCUGAAUGCUUGGUUUCUCCUUUUCUGCCGGACAUGCAUUUACGCCAACAGCGCCAUCAACCCUGUCAUAUACAACGCCAUGUCCCAGAAAUUCCGCUUGGCAUUUCGCGGCCUGUAUAGUUGCCAACGGCUGGAGGGGAAUCAGAGAACUCAGUCGGCCAUUCAGUCCGGGUUCGGCACCCUAAGAGACGUACGGCCAGCGCAGCCCUGCACCAAUGAGACUCAGGGAAAAGCGAGGAAUGCCAUUCUCGGGACUUCUUUUGAUCCAAACAUGAAGCAGAAUGGAGGCGAGCAUCAGGAGAAGCUGACGGUUAAUGGCAUGUCAGCCGACUGCGAUGCAGACACUGGACCUUCAGAUUUCAGCUUUAGGCACAAUCCAGACGAGAUGCUCCAGGCUGGUGACAAGGAGCUCGACCAGUCUAUGACAAACAAUGCCACAGUUCAAUUUUCAGAUAAAGAUGCAUAAAAUAAUCAGCAGGAAAGCAUGUAUAUAGAAUAAUUCAUACACCUGUACUGCUAAAAGGCACAAGAGAAAAACAUUUUUUUUGUUCCAGAAAUGAUAAUUUUUGGAGAAUUUCUCUAAAAACUGUUUACUGUUGUUUUUCCCCAAAACAGGGUGCAUUUUUUUUAAGCUGAUAAUUUUCUGCAUGUUUACUCACACCUAUCUAACAAAACUCAUUUAACUAGACAGACAGUAAAAAGGAUUACAUUUAAAAAUUCAUAAAAUAAUUCAUCUAGUGGAAUUUAGGAGAUGUGACUUAGUUUUUACAUACAUCCAUGCAGGAGAAAGUUUGUAAUUUAUGUGAUAAAGGUUUCAUCAGUAAAACCAAUGAAAACACUAUUGGUGGUUAAAAUACAAUUUUCACAUUGAAAUUAAAAUGGUGCAUCAGUUUGUAAUGUGAACAUUUAACUUUAGUUCCAAAAAGCUGCUCAUCAUUUUCGUGACAGUAACUCUAUUUCUAUAUUUUAAUUCAUUCAGCCAGCUGUGUGUUUUUUGCUCCACGCUGACAAAAGUUGGUGGAACGUUCGAUACUACCAUGUAUUUAAAAUAAAAUAUGAGCUAUUAGAAAUAAAAUUACAUUUUAGGUUGGCUAGUGGUUUGCUUGUUCCAAGUCCCAGUUCACUAAUUUCAAGCAACCCGUAGACUAAAUGUGGCCGCUCCUUAAGUAACCAUUCAGACCGGAAACCUAAUUUAUGCAAAUUCGUACAAAAAGGAAGAAAUUCCGUUUGAGAAACUGCAGCUAGAUCUUUGAGUUAACUAAAAAUGUUGUCUUUUCCUUAGAGUUUUGUGCAAACAAAAAAUAAUAAUAAACCGACUGCAACUUACUCUGUUUUUGAAAAAUAGACAAUAAAAUAUCUAAUAUAUGCUUUUCACAGCAGAAAAUGCACAGAUACAUUGAGCUGCAAGACUGUUGUACAUACAGACUUAAUGUUAAAUUUUAAUGUAAGAUAAGUAACUAUCAAAAUGUUUAUUGGGUCCACAAUGGUGAUUUUGUGAAGGAAAACUAUUCAAACCAUUUAUUACAUGGAUGUUCAUUUCUCGAAGCAACAAAAUAUGAACUUUUCUGCUGUAAUUAAUGACAUAAAAGUUUUGUGAUAUUAACCACUAUUUGCUAUUCUUAUGAUUAAUUUUUAAAAAAAUCCUUGUAAUUUUACCUGUACUUUUGAUAGUUUUUGAAUAAAGGUCUGUGUGGAUGAAUGUGGAAGGAGAUAAAACAUGUUUUAAAAAAUAAAAGCUAAAAUUCCUGCAGAAAUAAACAUGACGGCUAAAAGAUGCAAUUAUUCUCCAGGAUGAAAUCUCUACGGAAAAGCUAAGUUGAAAAUAAAUGUUCAAUUAGCAACAAGUGAUAUUAGGCUAAUUAGCAGAAAAAAAGAGUGACAUCUAAAAUGCUGCAGUAAUCAAAUGUUAAAAUACUAGAUGUCAAAUAUGCUAAAUUCAUUUCAAGAAUGAUGAACCAAAUGCUUAAAAAGCGCAAUGAAAAGGCAUCACAAUGAAAAGACUUAAUUACAGGCUAAAUGUAAUAGAUUUAGCUGUAGAAAUUAGGUCAAGUAAAUCCAAAAGGAGCAUAAUAAAUUGUUUAUUGUGUGGAACAGUGUGUUCCGUUUUUAAUUAAAUGCUGCAUCCAGAAACAGUUGAAAAAAAUAUCCCAAAACAGCCGAACAGGAAACAAUGUUUUCCAAUGCCAAAAUGCUCAUAUGAAUUCCUAAUUAGCUCCAUAAUGUGUGAGAUAGUGGCAAAGAAAUGUAAAAAUAAAAUUGGUAACAAUAAAUAUUGAAGUUAAACUACUUACUUGCAAAACUGCAAACUGGUGCUUUGAUAAAUGUUGAAAGAGCUAAAGACACAAAAACUGUGCUGUGAAAUGAUGCAUUUUAAAUUAGCUAAGAAGCAUGAAUGAUAACAAAAUUGAAACUUUAAAUAGUGUUUAAGAAAGGCAGCGAUAUAGGUUCAAAUUCAGUUGACUAUGUUUCAUAAGUUCUGGUCGAAAGUGAUAAAGAACUCAAACUUUGAGCACACAAACAUUUGAUUCCUACAAAAACUAAGUAUGUAAUUGUUUUAUAUUUUGAUAUUGGUACAUUUAUAGUAAAAUGUUAAGUAUUUUUGGUCACUGUUACUGGGUUUGUAUGUUACUUAGUUGUUAUGAUCUGAGACUUCUAAUAUUUGGCUACUUCAUAUAGAGUUUAGUACUGAUUAUGUUUGACAUUAAAGUUGUGUGUUGUUUAAAUGAAUUACUUGCUUCCAUGAACAUAUUUAAGUCAGCUUUCCCUUUAAGUGGUGACACUGGUCAUCAUUGGUUCAUUUCGUUUUUUGGGCUGCUGCAGUAAUCCAAUAGCAUGAUGACAUGCAUGCAUGUCUAGGUUGUAAACAGUGAUGUUAGCUUUUCAGCUUUUUUUUUUUUCCCUAAACAUUGACUAUGUUAAUGGACAUCAAACAAUGGACAUUAAAUGGACAUUAAACAUUUUUUAAUUUAAUUUCCUUCUUUCCAGGAGAACACCUUGUUAAAAUGUAAAUAGAUUUCAGUGGAGCUUUUUUGUGUUAACUUCUUUUUGUGUUUCAGUGUUGUAAACGAUGAUGCACAGUGAUGUGAAUAUUGUGACAGGAAUUUUGUAAUAUCAGCAAACAGCGAAUGCUGUUUGUGGAGUUGACGAACAUAAUGAAAAGCUUUUGCAAGUGUUAUGAACAAAAUGUUCACUCUUUAAUGUAGAGUUUAUUGUUAUUUUAAGAAAAACAACGGAUUGGUAUGGAGGCGCCCUGUUAAACAAUAGCCUUUAAGAAAAACUGAUUUGUUCUGUCCUGUAUUUUCUUCUUAACGUUUCUGGCUACUCUGCUUGUUGAUAGUUGCCAGGUUCAUAUUAUCCUUCAUUUCGUAAAUGUGAUGUUUGAUGAUCUUUGCAAUGUAAAAUUUCACUUUCACAAAUUUCAAAGCUGUUGUGCGUGUAAAGGGAAGGUGUUCCUCAUCAACUACGGAGAACCUACGGAGUCAAAUUUAGUCCAAUUCAUACACCUACACUGCUAAAAGGCAUAAGAGAAAAACAUGCUUUUUUUGUUGUUGUCCAAUGUCAAAUUAACUUUAAAAGCCAAGAAUAAAAUUGCUCUUGAGUUCUCCAGGAAUAAUUACCAAGGUAACUCAACUCAGCUUAGACAUUCUCCUUUGAUUACAAUCUACAAUGAGCCCUUUGCUUUAGCACGCUACAGAGAAAUCACCUAAAAUAACCUGACAUUAACUCAGACCCAUAAGACCAUGUUGAAGUCAGUUGUUGGUGAUUAAUUUCAUAUAUACCUUUAAGUGUUAAGCUCUAAUUUCCAUCAGUAAGGUGUAAUGUGUUUUAGACUCUUGAAUCUGGUACUUUAAUGUGUUUUAGGUGUUCUGGAUGUCUGGAUGAGUGUAUAUGUGUUCAGUGCUUGCAGGGAGUGUGGUUGGAGACAGAAGAAAAGCUGGUAUUUUAGUUUCUGGGGUAUCUGUAAGUGCAGCAGCAGACAAAUGAGCACGGUUAAUGGUUUCUGAAGAGGUUAACAAAGGGCACUGUGACUCAGCCUCGAAAAUACCCUUUAAAAUGACUUACUCUGAUAUUAUAUGUUCUCAUUUUGGAUAAUUACAGUAUGUGGAUUGUCUGUUGGCACCAGUGUACAACUCCCUUGACAAGCCAGCGUGUGAAAGUGUUUGAGAGUGUGCAAAUCUGUAAUUAUUUGGCCCUGGAGAGCUGCUGGUUUGUUAUGUUCUUGAUAGUGUUGUAAUGAGAAUUUCAAGUGCACUGCUUUCAAGACGUUGUCUAUAUUGUUGCAGUAAAAUUAUUUUUGAUUGAAGAAAUGUGCACUGUGCUCUUGUCUGUGGGAUUUUGGUAUGCGUGUGCUUUGUGGCUUUCUUAAGGCAUCUUUAAAAAAGUUAAUAAAAAUUGUUGAAGCAUCAA